AUGCCGACCAAAGACUUUCGGCGGGACCUCACUCUGGCUUCAUCGCCGGGUCGAUUCACGUACCUGAACGCCGUGGAUGCUGGUGAGAUCGAUGGCUCCAUUUCCUUUACUUUCACAGAGGGCCCGAGUGGGCCGAAGAUCGACUUCCAGGCCAUCGUUCCGGAUCCCCACGAAUACCCGUCAAGCCACACAUUCUUCGUCUACUCCACGUCAGACAACGUCACGCCAGCAAUCACGAAGGCGGUGGAAGAUGCCACCCCCCUGCUGAGAGGCUCCUCCCUCCAUGAUAUAGGUCAUGAAGAUCCGAUGGAGUUCGAUCGCAGCGACGUCGACAACGACCUCGCCGAUGACUACGACAGUCCAGGUUGGUCAGAUGAGGAUCAGAGCGGAGGUGUCAUGGCCACGGCCCAGAAGCCCUCCAACCUCCGUGGAAAAAUCCGCCAUGAUCUGCGCUUGGUCAAGAAUGCCAAUUUCAAGGUUGGCUAUAUAGGUCACCUGGCCGGCGCCAUCAUCAUCUCAGUAGCCAUCCGAAUUGGACAGCUCGGGAUCUCCGAUGAGGCCAUGACGGCAUGGAAUGUGUGUCCGGGCGAAUACUUGGUUCUCCUCCUCCGCUACCCGACCUACAUGACUCAGGAGAUGCUGUACACCUCGUCCGAUCGGGGCCCGCAAAUACGGGUCGGCCUCUGCAAUUCAUACAAACCAUCCACGAGCGCAGCCAUCGCAUCUUUCCAAGAUGCUACAUCCGGUAACGAAGAACAUGCCAAGCCAGAAUGUCCUUCGGGUCCCCUGUUACGAGAGCUGUUCAUUGGGGCUCCACUGCACAAGCUGCUCAAUGAGCGACUGCUGGGCAUUGUGAAGGUGCGCCUGCGGUAUGGAUUAUCGUGGACGGGAGCGGAAGUGUUUUUCCACAACAGCCAGGGAAAGGUCCUCAGUCCGGAUGAUGCAAAGUCAGAGCAGUUUCAGGUGCCAGAUAGCUGGGUUACACCGGCGCCACCCUUCCUGUUGGUGGACCAUUUGGCCGACAUGGGUCUGGAUGUACCCGGCAUGUCUUUCCCGCUGAUCGCCAUGCAGUUCCUCCUGCGACACUUUGUUAGGUGUACCGAGUUUUGCCUCGUGUGUCAUUGCAAGACCUACGACGAUUUUGAGGCGGUUAAACCCUACGUCUGCUCCAGUGGGCUGUGUUUGUUCCAAUACAUCACCUUUGGCAUGGGCACCAGUUUGGAAUAUGAACUCCGCCAUCAACCAUAUGUCGUCGAUUUGCUGAUUUCCCUUGCAUAUGCCCGAGCUAAAGCGGGCCUUCUGAUGGAUUUUCCCACCGGGCUGGGCUUGAAUGUUCCCGACACCGGCGUUCCCGAUGCAGACCAAUGCACAUAUUUUGAUCCAGAUGUCAAUUGUUCAAUGCAGGGCACCUGGAAGGCGCAGAAGACCUAUAAGGCAGCCUUUAAUUUGGAAUGCCUUGAACUCUCUCAUGCUUACCCUCCCAAAGUGAAGGUUGGCAAUUGGAUUGUGAUACUUGACCUACCUUCGAUAUCGCAGGACAGGAAAGUUGCAUGGCAUUGUCGGGUCCUGCGGAUUGGAGAAACUUCGGGACAUAUCUUCCUUUCUCCUCCUGUCAGUCGAGGAAGGCAAAUUCCAAAGGAGAUAGCGCAAAGGUACCCCAUCUCAAAGGUGACCUACGUGAUCUAUAACACAAAUUUCGAUGACCUAAAGGCGGAUAGAAAGCGGAAGAGCAUUGUGAUGCUCCUCAGUAUGCUCCCCAGUGUUGAUCUCAUGACUUCAUAUCUAGGCCAGCAGGAUUCAGGGAAGUUGCUCUCAUCAUGGAGGGAUCAAUUUCCCCCGGCUGCAUUAGAUCUGGUACGGUGGGUUGUGGCCUCAAAUCGAUCAUGCAUCAUGCAGGACACCAAUGAUCCGGAGCACCUGGUGACUGGUAUGGGUGGAUUCAUCCAGUUUCGACUGGUACAAGGAGCUCCUGACAAAGAGCAACGCUUCAUCCAAGAGAUCAAUGCCAAUUCCAUGGCCUCCAAGCCCGCAUACCGGACAAUAUUUGCCUGGCAUGGUAGUCCUGUGCACAAUUGGCACAGCAUUCUCCGAGAAGGGCUUCAUUUCAAACAAAUCGCCCAUGCUCGUGCUUAUGGAAAUGGUGUUUAUUUUUCCAAAAAAUACCAGAUCUCUGCCGGUUACUGUCAUAACUCUAGCUCCAGCAGUUGGCCACAAAGUCAGUUGAAUAUCCAGUCCAUCAUAUCGCUGAAUGAAGUCGUCAACAACCCUUCUCAAUUCAAGAGUGUGACCCCGCACUUUGUGGUUCCGCAGUUGGACUGGAUACAGCCUCGAUAUCUCUUUGUGAAUACUGGACAUGGCAAGGCCUCCACCACACCGGCGGCGCCAUCUGCCAUCUACAGGCAAGAUCCACAGCAUGAAGCUUAUGGGCCUUCGGGGGAGGUAGUUAAAAUCCCCAUUUCAGCUAUCACAUCGAAAAGAAGAAAGCAGCUAGUUACGUCCCCCAAAACUACGUCCGCUAAGAAAAAGUCAGAUCUGCCGGUGCUGAUGGACAUUGAUGGCUUUAAUGAUGCCCUCAGUGUCACAACGGAAAUUGAAGACCUGAACAUUCUCCUCUCUGAUUCAGACUAUGUCUCCGACUCGGAGGAUGAAGCGUCUCAGCCGCCCAAGGGAUCAAGCAGUGAAUCCGAUCAAUCUCCUUGCCCCAAGACUGACUUUGUCCCUGGAACCCUUAAUGGGAACACCUUACCUCUUCUUGCACCACCACAAUAUGCCAGCACGCCCGCCACAAAGCUACUACAAAAACACCUCCGAUCAACUCUCAAAACCCAGGCGACCGAGCCUCUUCACGAGCUGGGCUGGUACCUGGAUCCAAACCUCAUCACCACCGUCUAUCAAUGGAUCGUCGAAUUACACAGUUUUGACCCCUCUCUCCCACUCGCCAGGGACCUCAAAGCUUGCAACCGGAAGAGCAUUCUCCUCGAGAUCCGAUUCCCACCCCAGUUCCCCAUGGACCCCCCCCUUUGUCCGAGUUAUUCGCCCACGAUUUCUGGAAUUUGCUGCCGGUGGUGGUGGUCACGUUACAGCCGGCGGAGCGAUGUGCAUGGAGCUCUUGACAAACUCGGGCUGGUCGGCAGUUACCUCAAUUGA